UACUAGUCUAUUAGAUAGUAUUUAGUACAACAAAUUAGACACAUCUUUGCUGGUAGUUUAUCGAGUUCAGCCCUUCAUUCUGACCUAAUUCUAGCUCGGUAGUAUUCAUUUACAAAAUAUUACAGAGCUUUGCUAGUAGAAUGUGCAUCCUGGCCUAACUCAUUCUUCUACAAUUCAAUCUUUUUUCUUUGAAAACAUAAAAUUGAGGACAAAACAUCAUGGAUUAAUUUUUUUGUGUGAUCGGUCUUCUUUGAAGCAAUGGAUUCGAGCAAGAGUGAAGUGGUCCAUGAUUUUCACCCUCUGUUUCGAGUAUAUAAGGAUGGUCGUGUUGAGAGAUUUAUGGUCGCGGAUAUUGUCCCACCUUCUGAUGACCCCAAGACCGGUGUUCAAUCCAAGGACAUCAUCAUAUCACUGGAAACUAAUGUAUCCGCCAGCCUCUUCCUCCCCAAAAUCACCCACUCAGCUCACAAACUCCCUCUCCUCAUAUACAUCCAUGGUGGUUAUUUCUCAGUCCUAUCACCCUUUGCUUCUCCCUACCAUAACUAUCUCAACUCUCUAGUUGCCGAAGCAAACGUUGUAGCGGUGUCCAUUGACUACAGGUUAGCCCCAGAGCACCCAAUCCCUGCUUGCUAUGAUGACUCGUGGACAGUCAUGCAAUGGGUGGCUCUGCAUGCUAAUGGCCAAGGCCCUGAACCCGUUGCCCAUUUAAGUAUACAAGGUUUACACAAUUAAUCUCCACAUGUAGAUAUCUUAAGCUAAAUUACAUAAAGCGACAGUGAGAGCGGAAGAAUUAAGUCAUGAGCAGGGAGAAUUUGAGCGAGAAUACUAGCGGAGCGCGAGAGCGGGAGCGCGUUCGGAGUAUGAGAAUGACACUUGUUGAUAAGGAUUAUGUGACUUAAAAUUCUUAAGCCCCUAAUUAAAAUAGGCCAAAAAUAUUAAGAUUUGCGUUUCAUGUGGUAUAAGUUCUUCCAACUUGUCAGAGCUGUGUUUUGCAUUAUUCUUUCAACACUUCACAAUCAUGACUCACCACAUUUUUUCCCUAGUUAUGACUCGUGACAUUGAACUAGUCAAAGCAGAUAAAACAACAAUUGUUUGUAUCU